AAAUGGGUCGGCUCGCCGUCCUUUUUUGAACUCCUCCGUUCUUAUUUCUUAUCUUCUCUGAACACGCUGCAAUAACCAACCAAACUCCUGUAUUAUUAUUUUCUUAGCUUUGAUUUCUUCCUUCUCCACCCGUUUUUCUUUGAAUGCUGGAAGCUGAGGUAGAGGAUGCAGAGAAUUUGGCUAUGGCGCAUUGGCCUAUUCCCGUCGAUCUGUUCGUAUCCGAGAAGCACCCUUCUCUCCCGCGUGGCCUCCUAGCAUUCGCUGAUUCUUCCGGCAACAUCCUUUUCCGCCUCAACUCUCUAUCUCAUCACCCCAAAAAGACGCUUCGAAUCCUCGAUUCCGCCGGAAACCCUCUCAUCUCUAUCUACCGCCACCAUUUCCCUAGAAGUAAAUGCACGUAUGUUUCCUGGUUGAAGGAUGGGUCUUGGCAAGGUUUUAAGGGUGAUGAUGGGCAGAAGGAUUUGAUAUUCCAAGUGCAGAGGGUAUCCAAUAAAUUCGCUAGAACUGAGUUGGAGGUAUUUCUUGUUGCUGAAAACCACCGGGGAGAGUUAACUUGUGAUUUCAAGGUCAAAGGCUGUCAUUUCCAAAGAUCUUGUACCAUCUACAACGGCGAUUCUAUUGUGGCUCAGACCAGUCUCAUGCACAAGCUUCGGCAGAUUUAUGUUAGUAGAAGGAAAAUUCAACUAACCAUGUUUCCUAGCUUUGUUGAUCCUGCUUUGAUUGUUGCAGUCGUGGUGAUAUUCUUGGUUAAUGGUCCCAAAAAGUCCAAAAUUUUGGAUAAAUUACCAGUAUCGAUAUGAAUAUAAAAACCCAUAAACUGAAAGCAGAGGGUGGUUAGAUACCUAUUACAUUCACAGGCAUUGUAUUGUUAUAGUUUUUCGAGAUUGUGUAUUCUUUUCAAUUCAAUUAUUUAUGAAAGAAAAAGCCACAUACAUAAUGUAAAAAUUCA